AUGGCACCCUCAGUUACCAAUUCUGAUGCAACUAACAGUACCACCAUUGUUCAAUUCAACUCGGUUACCCAGCUUCCGAUUAAACUUGCUGGCAGCCAUAACUUCUCCCUGUGGAAGGCCCAAGUGUCCAUGCUCAUGAGAGGACACAAUCUUUAUGGUCAUCUCGAUGACUAUCUCAACCAAGUUCGAUCUCUCUGUGAUGAGCUUGCGACUGCUGGAGCUCCUGUCACCAAUGCUGAACUCAUUGUCAAGACUCUCACUGGUCUUGGACCAGAAUACCGCGAAAUCUCUGCAGCAAUUCGAGCACGUGACACCCCAAUUUCAUAUGCUGAACUGUUUGAAAAGCUUAGCGAUCACGAGCUUUUCCUCAAACACAAUGCUCCACCUCAAUCCACUCUGAUUACUGCUGUUGUUGCUCAAAAGUCCAGCUCUCAAACACGGACCAACACCAUCAACAAUAAUAGGCAUUCAAACAACUACCAGCAACAUUCUCAGUCAGGGCGCAAUCGUCGCACUAAUUCGCAAGAAGUCUCCUUAGUGUGUCAGUUAUGUGACCGACCUGGACACUCUGCGCGUGUUUGUCGCUCUCAGUCUCAUAAUCAUUUUCAGGCACGGGCCAACUUUGCUGGAUAA